UUCCAUCACUGCUUGCCUCCCUUUGACCCUCUAUGUGUUAACAGUGGUCAUGUGAUGCAACAGGACAGGGUUAGACCUAGACAGACAGCACCUUGCAAGUAGUUCAGAAUCAGUCCUUCCGGACAGGGUAAAAUGAUGAAAGCAGACAGCGAUUGAGCACUGCACUGAGUGGUGGCUCUGUACCAAGGUGAGGGUGGGGCAGACUUGGUGGCUGGAGUCUUAAGGGAGGCCUUCUGAAGGAAGAAUGAUCGGGCCUCUGUGCCUUGCCACCUCUGUGCCUUGCCACCUACAGCCUUUGAACCCAGUACUGAUUCACACAGCUGGGCCCAUGGGUCAGCUCUCCAAUGGCUGUGCAUUGCCACUGCUGGGUGAUCUGCAAGGUACCUGUGGAGGAAAGUGAUGUCACUUGGUCCUGCUGUCAUGGAGCUCGCAGGACACUGGCCAGGAAACUGCAGAGAUGACAUGGAACACAGACCCUACAAAGCUGAGAAACCUUAAUGGACACCAGAACGGCUACCGCAGAGCUGGGCUGGACAGCCAAUCCUGCGUCAGGGUGGGAAGAAGUCAGUGGCUAUGAUGAAAACCUGAACACCAUCCGCACCUACCAGGUGUGCAACGUCUUUGAGCCCAACCAGAACAACUGGCUGCUCACCACCUUCAUCAACCGGCGGGGGGCUCAUCGCAUCUACACAGAGAUGCGCUUCACUGUGAGAGACUGCAGCAGCCUCCCCAACGUCCCAGGUUCCUGCAAGGAGACCUUCAACUUGUACUACUAUGAGACGGACUCAGUUAUUGCCACCAAGAAGUCAGCCUUCUGGUCUGAGGCCCCCUACCUCAAAGUAGACACCAUUGCUGCAGAUGAGAGCUUCUCCCAGGUGGACUUUGGGGGAAGGUUGAUGAAGGUCAACACAGAAGUCAGGAGCUUUGGCCCUCUUACUCGGAAUGGUUUUUACCUCGCUUUCCAGGAUUAUGGAGCCUGUAUGUCUCUCCUUUCUGUUCGCGUCUUCUUCAAGAAGUGUCCCAGCAUUGUGCAAAAUUUUGCUGUGUUUCCAGAGACCAUGACUGGGGCAGAGAGCACGUCUCUGGUGAUUGCUCGGGGGACAUGCAUCCCCAAUGCAGAGGAAGUGGACGUGCCCAUCAAACUCUACUGCAAUGGGGAUGGAGAGUGGAUGGUGCCCAUCGGGCGCUGCACCUGCAAGCCUGGCUAUGAGCCCGAGAACAGCGUGGCCUGCAAGGGUAAGUCCUAGGGCCUCUUAAGGCCUCUGCUUCUUGCCCACCUGGGACAGGGUCCAAUCUGCAAAUCUUCCCCACCUCCAGCUCUGGGUCAUAAAGGAGCAGAAGAGCCUGAUAGCUUAUUACAAAGCUCUGUGGGAGUCGGGGGGUUCCUGGGUGGCUCAGUCAGUUAAGCAUCUGACUCUUUUUUGCGGCUCAGGUCAUGAUCUCAUGGCUCUUUGGUUCAAGCCCUGCAUCAGGCUCUGCACUGACAGCACGGACCCUGCUUGGGAUUCUCUCUCUGCCUCUCCCUCUGCCCUUCCCUGUCUCUCUGCUUCUCUCUCUAUCUCUCUAUCUCUCU